AUGGCAUCCUACACUCAGAAUACCUGCGUUAACCCUCGCGAACUCGUUUGUUCACAGCCCCAAUUUCCUGAUACUUCGAGCCUUGGACGCGCGGAUCUCCACUACCCUCCACCCACUCCUCAAAGCAUCAUGAAUGGGGAAUAUUGCGAGUCCGUUUCUUACCCGACGCGCGUCGAAUAUGUUCCGCUGAGCUCAAAGUAUUGUCGUGAACCUCCGUCAUUCACCAUUCCUUUCACAGUCCAGGGGACAAUUGGGCCGUGUCUCUACUCUGUGCUUCGUAGGGAGGUUACCAUCGACGGGGCGUAUCUUGCUGCGUUCAAAGCCUAUGGAUGGUCGAUGACAAAAUGGACCUUUGAUUGGCCUGGACUCAAAACGGAUCGUAUGGGACUCUGGUGUCACAACAACCGCAAGGAACCCCUCACCUGCGAUGAACUUAUUCGAGAGAUUGGCACUCUCAUCGUCGAAAUCAUGCGAAAAUCACGGAAAGGGGAUCCAAAAUAUCGACAGUCAAAUGACAUACCUCAUUGCUGGCGCUUUGAAAAUAUUAAUCUUCGCGACAUUCGAUUCGUUUCGCUGAACUACUACAAGGGUGUUUGGGUGCCUAUACUUGCGGUUACCAGAUACUAA